ACGCUCAGAGGAGUCACCACUCUGCGCGCUGCAGGCGAGAGUGGCAGACGGAGGCGGCCCGGGGAAGCGAGCCGGAGCGGCGCCCGCACGGAGGCGGCUGCAGUGCUGACACCACUCAGGGAAAGGGUCUCCGACGGCUGGAGCGUUCUGGUUUGAACCCAAAGUGGAUGAUGCCAUCAGAGCUGAACCACUGAGGCUGUGAAAAAUUCCCAUCUUCUCUUUGGCCAUCAGUUGAGAAAAGAUGGAAGACUCUUACAAGGAUAGGACUUCACUGAUGAAGGGUGCCAAGGACAUUGCCAGAGAGGUGAAGAAACAGACAGUAAAGAAGGUGAAUCAAGCCGUGGACCGAGCCCAGGAUGAAUACACCCAGAGGUCUUACAGUCGGUUCCAAGAUGAAGAAGACGAUGAUGAUUACUACCCGGCUGGAGAAACCUAUAAUGGGGAGGCCAACGAUGAUGAAGGCUCAAGUGAAGCCACUGAGGGCCAUGAUGAAGAUGAUGAGAUCUAUGAGGGGGAGUAUCAGGGCAUCCCCAGUAUGAACCAAGCAAAGGACAGCAUCGUGUCAGUGGGGCAGCCCAAGGGCGAUGAGUACAAGGACCGGCAGGAGCUGGAAUCAGAAAGAAGAGCUGACGAGGAAGAGCUAGCUCAGCAGUAUGAGCUGAUAAUCCAAGAAUGCGGUCAUGGUCGUUUUCAAUGGGCCCUUUUCUUCGUCCUGGGCAUGGCUCUUAUGGCAGAUGGUGUAGAGGUGUUUGUCGUUGGCUUCGUGUUACCCAGUGCUGAGACAGACCUCUGCAUCCCAAAUUCAGGAUCUGGAUGGCUAGGCAGCAUAGUGUACCUCGGGAUGAUGGUGGGGGCGUUCUUCUGGGGAGGACUGGCAGACAAAGUGGGAAGGAAACAGUCUCUUCUGAUUUGCAUGUCUGUCAACGGAUUCUUUGCCUUCCUUUCUUCAUUUGUCCAAGGUUAUGGCUUCUUUCUCUUCUGUCGCUUACUUUCUGGAUUCGGGAUUGGAGGAGCCAUACCCACUGUGUUCUCGUACUUUGCUGAAGUGCUGGCCCGGGAAAAGCGGGGUGAACACCUGAGCUGGCUCUGCAUGUUCUGGAUGAUCGGUGGCAUCUACGCCUCUGCCAUGGCCUGGGCCAUCAUUCCGCACUACGGUUGGAGCUUCAGCAUGGGAUCGGCCUACCAGUUUCACAGUUGGCGUGUGUUUGUCAUCGUCUGUGCACUCCCCUGUGUCUCCUCCGUGGUGGCCCUCACGUUCAUGCCUGAAAGCCCACGAUUCUUGUUGGAGGUUGGAAAACAUGAUGAAGCUUGGAUGAUUCUGAAGUUAAUUCAUGACACCAACAUGAGAGCCCGGGGUCAGCCUGAGAAGGUCUUCACGGUAAACAAAAUAAAAACUCCUAAACAAAUAGAUGAGCUGAUUGAAAUUGAGAGUGACACAGGAACAUGGUAUAGGAGGUGUUUUGUUCGGAUCCGCACCGAGCUAUACGGAAUUUGGUUGACUUUUAUGAGAUGUUUCAACUACCCAGUCAGGGAUAAUACAAUAAAGCUUACGAUUGUUUGGUUCACCCUGUCCUUUGGGUACUAUGGAUUAUCUGUUUGGUUUCCUGAUGUCAUUAAACAUCUGCAGUCCGAUGAAUAUGCAUUGCUAACCAGAAAUGUGCAGAGAGAUAAAUAUGCAAAUUUCAGUAUUAACUUUACAAUGGAAAAUCAGAUUCAUACUGGAAUGGAAUACGACAAUGGCAGAUUCAUAGGGGUCAAGUUCAAAUCUGUAACUUUCAAAGACUCUGUUUUUAAGUCCUGCACCUUUGAGGAUGUGACUUCACUCAACACCUACUUCAAGAACUGCACAUUUAUUGAUACUGUUUUUGACAACACAGAUUUUGAGCCAUAUAAAUUCAUUGACAGUGAAUUUAAAAACUGCUCAUUUUUUCACAACAAGACGGGAUGUCAGAUUACCUUUGAUGAUGACUAUAGUGCCUACUGGAUUUAUUUUGUCAACUUUCUGGGGACAUUGGCAGUAUUGCCAGGGAACAUCGUGUCUGCUCUGCUGAUGGACAGAAUUGGGCGCUUAACAAUGCUAGGUGGCUCUAUGGUGCUUUCGGGCAUCAGCUGUUUCUUCCUUUGGUUUGGCACCAGUGAAUCCAUGAUGAUAGGCAUGCUGUGUCUGUACAAUGGAUUGACCAUCUCGGCCUGGAACUCUCUUGACGUGGUCACUGUGGAACUGUACCCCACAGACCGGAGGGCAACAGGCUUUGGCUUCUUAAAUGCGCUAUGCAAGGCAGCAGCCGUCUUGGGAAACUUAAUAUUCGGCUCUCUGGUCAGCAUCACCAAAUCAAUCCCCAUCCUGCUGGCUUCUACCGUGCUCGUGUGUGGAGGACUGGUUGGGCUGCGCCUGCCUGACACACGAACCCAGGUUCUGAUGUAAUGGGAAAAAAGCCAUCCUUCCUGCGUUUCUUCCUCCUGCCCUGGGUCAAUUCUCCUUCCUGACUCAAGGCUUCAGAGUUUUCCUAUAUAGAAAGGUGAUCAAGUAUCAGAACAUAAACACUUGCUGUGACUUAAAAUUUAGAAGCAUAUCAUCUUGCCCCUUUGUGAUUUUGCACAGGUUUUGUUUGUUUGUUUGUUUGUUUGUUUUGUUUUAAUGCAUUAUUAUCUUUCCAAACUGUGAUGCUACUGCCUCCCGCAAAUCAGUGGAAGCAUUUCUAAAAUGCCCUAGGCAGCCAGGCUUCCCUGGGGCUGUGCUUCUUGAAAGUUUAGAAGCUAAGAAGGCUGGGCUGGUGUAAGAAAUAGAUCCUGCUCCUAAUUUAACAUUAACAGGAAAUAUAAGUUGGCACAUUAUUGCAUUUGUGCUGAGAAGAGGGAUUCUUUUUUUUUUUUUUUUUCUGACACAGUGAUAUUUCCUGUUUACUUAGAAAAGGACACCCAGUAAUUCUUGCUGUUAUAGCAGAGCCUUUCAAAGAAAACCAUGUGGUACCAAACAGGGCUGGGUGGGGCUCUUUGGGGCAAGACAAUUAAGGUGACUCUGCUGACAAGAAAAAUAAAAGCUCUGCAAUUAGCAGCAAAAAUCUGAGUGAGCUGCAUAAGCAAGAUUUCUGUCAGAAAGCCCAAUUAAACCUCUGAAGAGUGUGAGGAAAAAGGACUGUAACAGUAUCUGUGAUUGUGGCACGUGGUUCAGAAUGUUUGAAAAUCAGAGAUCCGAGAGAGAGCUUCUGCCUCCCUUUACCACCCCCACUCCUUCAGCUGCGCUUGGUCUUGCCAGACAGCAGAUUCAAGGAAAGAAAGUUGCUUCUUAAAAACUGUCUGCCUACCUGAUUCGGCCACUUACCCACACUGUCUCUAGCCAGUGGAUACCUAAAUUGUAAAUUGCAAAUUAGGAAGAAAUUCACACCUAGAGCCAUUUGGAAAUACAAAAUGGUGCCUCUUUCUGGUACCUCUUUUCUGUGGGACUGGCCCGCCAGGACCCCCACCUCACCUGCCCCGCAGUUGACAUUCAGCUUCCCAGCUGGCAUCACCAAAGAGGGUUUGUCCCUCUGGCUUCCCCAGGGCUGGCCCACUGCUCAGUGCGCUCCCAGCUCGCUGUAAAAUCACAGCCUGCCCGCACUCCUGAGGGGCCUUCUCACAGACAGACCAUCUCCUGUGGUUGUUUGGCUGCUCAUUUUACCUCUGGAAUCUGCCUGGGCUUGGAAGAAAGAGGUCAGCCAGGACAUUCCCACGGGCCCGCUGUCAGCUACAUGACCUUCUCGCCUCUCGGGCUCCCCUUCCCCCAGGCUCGUCCUUUUUACACAUCUUCUUUGAAAUCUGAACCUUCCUUGUAGACUUGCAGCCAAUCACCAGAAGCCAGGAAUAAAUCCCAUAUUUAAACAAUAUUCCUUUUUUAACUGCCUCGUUAGAGGUUUCUUCUUGUUACUUAUUAUAGGCAUUUUCAGGCAAGCCAUAGCUUGGGGCCCCCAGGAAGGGAAAGCUUUUGUUUCUACGAAUCAUUAUAUUCAGAGAUGUCCUAACUCCUCUGAGGCCCCCCUGCCUCCCCCUCCCCUUCCUAAUGAUCCCUCCUAGAGCUCAGACUAAGUGAAAAGCUUCUUUCAUUAACAUAAGCCAUUAAUCGACUUCCCCUUGAAGUAAUUCAGGUCUGCAGAGGGGGGCAGACUGGUACUGGGGGCAGUGGGAAGAGGGUGGUUCCCUGGGGAUCGGUGAUCAGGGCUAGAACAUCAGGAAAACCUGAACCAAAAACUGCAAAGGUGGCAGGAAGAAGAAAAAUCACUGAAGGCUAGACAAGAUGCAUUUGAAAGAUACCAACAGCGCAGGGAAGGAAACCAC